GGCACCUCGGUGUUUACACGGGGCGGCCCCGCGCGCGCCGCAGCGGCCCGCAGACGGCGAGGGGGAGGGGUGGAGCGCGCGCCGGCGGGGCCGCGCGGGGAGAAAGACACUGGAAGGCGGCGGGGCGGGGAGCUGCGCGCGCGGGCCGCGGCUGAGCAGGAGGCUGCGAGGAGAGCCCGCGGGGGCCGGAGGGUGCGAUUCCUCCGCCCCCGCAAAACAAUGUGCAGCGUGCGGCCGGGCGCAACUUGCCGGAGGCGGCGGGGGCGCGCCGAGCCCGCCUGAGACCGCGCCGCUGACCUUCUCCCCCCGCCGUCCGUUGGGCCCGAGCGCCCAGCUCCUCGCUCCUCAGCUCGCGGGGGCCGGGCCGAGCUGCGGGGCGGGGCCGCCCCUCCGUCGCUGCUGCCUCCUCCCCCACCCCCAGCCGCGGAGGAUGCGGACGGCCCCCGGCGGCGUCUAGCGGCCCCGGGCCCAGGCGCGAUGGUGCAGCAGCGGGGCGCGAGGGCCAAGCGGGACGGCGGCCCGCCGCCCCCGGGGCCCGGGCCGGCCGAGGAGGGGGCGCGUGAGCCCGGCUGGUGCAAGACGCCGAGCGGCCACAUCAAGAGACCGAUGAACGCAUUCAUGGUGUGGUCGCAGCACGAGCGGCGGAAGAUCAUGGACCAGUGGCCCGACAUGCACAACGCCGAGAUCUCCAAGCGCCUGGGCCGCCGCUGGCAGCUGCUGCAGGACUCGGAGAAGAUCCCGUUUGUGCGGGAGGCGGAGCGGCUGCGCCUCAAGCACAUGGCGGAUUACCCGGACUACAAGUACCGGCCGCGCAAAAAGAGCAAGGGGGCGCCCGCCAAGGCGCGGCCCCGCCCCCCCGGCGGUGGCGGUGGCGGUGGCGGCGGUGGCGGCGGCGGCGGCAGCCGGCUCAAGCCCGGGCCGCAGCUGCCGGGCCGCGGGGGCCGCCGAGCAGCGGGCGGGCCUUUGGGGGUCGGCGCGGCGGCGCCGGAGGACGACGACGAGGACGACGACGAGGAGCUGCUGGAAGUGCGCCUGGUCGAGACCCCCGGGAGGGAGCUGUGGAGGAUGGUCCCGGCGGGGCGGGCUGCCCGGGGGCCCGCGGAGCGCGCCCAGGGGCCGUCGGGCGAGGGGGCGGCUGUCACCGCCUCCUCCCCCACUCCGUCGGAGGACGAGGAGCCGGAGGAAGAGGAGGAGGAGGCGGCGGCGGCGGAGGAAGGCGAAGAGGAGACGGUGGCGUCGGGGGAGGAGCCGCUGGGCUUUCUGUCCCGACUGCCCCCCGGCCCCGCCGGCCUGGACUGCAGCGCCCUGGACCGCGACCCGGACCUGCCGCCCCCCUCGGGCACGUCGCAUUUCGAGUUCCCGGACUACUGCACCCCCGAGGUUACCGAGAUGAUCGCGGGGGAUUGGCGCCCGUCUAGCAUCGCCGACCUGGUUUUCACCUACUGAGCCCACCGUCAGCGGGGCGCGCACGCCCCCAAACCAGCUGUUUACAUACAGGAAUCAGGUAUUGGGGCCCCUCGGAGGCCGAGGCUGGCACCCCAUCUCCCGCGCAGCCUCCCCCCUCCUAGACGUGCCCACCCCCCUCGAAUCCAGACAUGCCCCUCCCCCGCAGACACACCCCAAGGCAGCCCAACCCCCACUCUCCCUGACAUCCAAGCCCCGCCCCUUCUUGCCCCCUCCCGCACAGCCACCAGCAGCCAGCCCCCCUCCUUUACACCUCCCGUCCACUCCUACAGACCUGCACCCCUCCCCCAUCUCGCACACGCCCCUCCUCGUGGCCGGAGGACACGCCCCUGCCCUUGCUCCCGAAUCCCUCCGCCUAGCCCGCCUCUUCUCUUGUUUAGGGGGGCGCUGCGGCUGGGCGGCACCGCGCGCUCCUCCCAGGCCCCUCUCCUCCCCCUCCCCCUCCCCUCCCCCUCCCGGAGCGCUGGGGCACGCCCCCUUCUCGCGCAUGCUUAAUGCUCCUUGGGAGGAGGGGGCCGGUCUCAGUCGGACCGCACGCCUCUGUGGCCGGCUCCGGGAAGAAGUGGGGAGGGUGUUGAGCGAUCCUGAGAAAUCUUUUAUCCGGGAGCCGCGGCUUCCUUUCAACCCGACGGGGCGUCGCUGCCUUAAUGGGAGGAGCACUAGGAAGGGGGAGAAGGAGACUAGCUGGCCCGGAAGGGUUUGGUUUGGAGCUUGGAACUCUCCCUGGUGGCAAAGCCCCUUUUCCUUGCGGGGUUGCCUAGAUUGACGUGCAUCUCCUUCUCCCACCGCCACCCCACCCCCAUCCCCGCCCCACCCCCACCCCCCACCCAGCCUACCUACACGCACCGCUAGACUGCCUCCACAGUCUACCUUGGUCCCAGAAACCUCCCUUUUCUUUCCCCCACCUGGGAACUGAGAAUAGGGUCUUCAUCUGGAACUGCACCACGAGAGGACUGCCCAAGGAAACUCCGCACCAAGGCAUUUAUGGGAGUCUGUCUGGAGACAGGGUUCUUGCUGCUCUGUCCACCCCUCCCCAGCCGAGUGCCCCAUCACGACAAGGCACACUCCCAGCCUGGGCUUCUCCCUACGCCCGCCACUCCCUCCUAUCACUCGAGUCCUGUGCCCACAGUGACAGUAUUCAGUGGGAGAAACUGAGGCACGGUGGUACUGGGUGGGGGGUGUUGAGACUGAGCCACGAUAGCAGCCGGAGUGGCAAGAAGAGCCCCGCUUUUAAACAGCUGGCUUGAGAAAGACUAUCGACUGGGCCAGUGAGACUGGAGGGAGGGUCAGAGUAGCGGAGGUGUGUCGUUUGCGCCUGUUUUUCCACGUGAAAACUUGGUACAGGGCUGCUGUCUGAGGAGGUUGUGUUCAGUUCGGGGUGCCCUCGGGGACCCUGCCCCUCUCACUCCCCAACUCUCCAAUCGAUCAAGUUCCGCCCCUCCGGCCUCCCCACACCCCUUUCUGCCCUCACUACCUGUAUCUCACCGGCGUGUGUUCACCCUCCCGGGUGUGCACACACUCUCAUUCACACACACAAAUCUCAGGAACAAACGGUCCCAGAGUCCUCCUGGACCCCUGCCCAGGGUCUCCGCAGGUCUCUGCCCCACGCGUUCCCGUCGCUGACAAAGCCACCAGCUGCCUCCUUUAAGCUUGGUGCUCCGGCUCUGGGCCUUUCUCGCUCUCUCUUUUUCUGUCUCUCUUUCUUGCUCUCUUUCUCUCUUUUUCUUUUUUUUUUAAAGAAAAACAACAACGAAAAGACAAUGAAAAAACCCAGAAAACGUCAUGUGAGUGAAGAGAUGUCACUGUCUGUGGUCUUGGAGAACUAGUCUAGUAGCUGAGGGGAGGGGUCCCUCUGGUCUGGGGCACUGGCACCCACAGCAGGACUUCCGCCAGUCUGAUGCCAGGACUGAAUAAAGUGUAUUUGCCCCGACCUC